AUGAAAUUUUUUUUUUUGUUUUUCGAAAUUUGUUUGAUUAUAAAAAUAUGUAAUGGGCUAAACAAAAAUAGUUGCAUUGGUUCUCUCCAUUUUGAGAGUAUAAAAAAUGUUUUUCCAUCAUUUUUUUCAAAAAUAAAAAGAGAAAAAUACAAUUUAAAAAAUAACAACUUAUUAAAAACAGACUUAAAAAAAAAACAGAAUAUAUAUCAAUUUUUAUGUGCAGGAGAUAAACAGUAUGUCUUAGGCAGAAAUUCACAUAUUAUUAAUAUAGAAAAAAAAAAAAAAAAAAAUGAAAAAAUAAAAAAAUUAUCAAACAGUGUAGAAAAUGGGGAAUUAACUAACACAAAUGAAUGGUGUAAUAAAAACAUAAAAGAAGUUUUUGAUUAUGUAAAAAAAAAUGAUGGAAAUAAAAAGGGGGUAGUUAUAACAACCCCAAUUUAUUAUGGAAAUGAUAAGCCUCAUAUUGGACAUGCGUAUUGUAAUGUUUUAGUUGAUGUAAUAUAUCGUUUUGAAAAAAUAAAAGAUAAAGAAAAUAAAAAAAAAAUAAUAUUUUUUUCUGGUAUGGAUGAGCAUGGGUUAAAAAUAGACAACAAAACGAAAGAAUUAAAUAUGGAUAAAAAUAAUUAUUUAAAUAAUAUUUCAGGAUAUUAUAAAAAAAUGAAUGAAAUGCUAAAUGUCGACGUAAAUCUAUUUUAUAGAACUUCAAACAUAUUUCAUAAAACAUUUGUUCAGAAUGUUUGGAAAUAUUUAUUAAGUAAAGGAUAUAUAUAUAAGGACAUAUAUAAAGGAUAUUACAACAUUAGUGAGGAGAGAUAUUUGAGCGAUCGUGAGGUUGAAAAAAUGAAAAACGAAAAAAAUAGUAUGACCAUGAAUAAUAUAAUAUAUAUUGAGGAAGAGAAUAGUUACUUUUUUGACGUAAACAAGUUUAAAGAUUUUUUAAUUAAUUUUUACAAAAUGAAUGAGAAUAUACUUUUUCCUUCCUAUUUAAAAAAAGAAAUAGAAUAUCAUAUUGAAAAUGAUUUUAAAAAUGUAUGUAUAAGUCGAUAUAAUACUGAAUGGGGGAUUAAAAUACCAGGAGAAGAAAAGGGGACAAUAUAUGUAUGGUUUGAAGCAUUAUUGUCGUAUAUAUCAUCAGUUAUGUAUGUCAUAAAACAGUUUGAGAAUGAAAAAGAUGAGCUAUCACAAAUUAAUAGUACUUCCUCAACAAAUCCAACACAAGGUGAAGAAGACAUUGUGUGUACUUAUGAAGACAUUUUGAGCUUGGUAAACACAUGCAGUAGUGUUGAUUCCCGUGAAAAUGACACAAACUUAGACAAGAUAAAAAUGGUUGAUAAAAGUUGUAGUAGGGAAUUAUUUGAAAAACUGUGGAAUCCCUAUAUUCAAGUGAUAGGAAAGGAUAUAUUAAAAUUUCAUGGUAUUUUAUAUAUAUGCUUAUUAAACAGUUUAGGGAUAAAAAUACCUGAACAUAUAUUAUGUCAUGGGUUAAUAAAAAAUGAUAAUCAAAAAAUGUCAAAAAGUUUAAACAACAUUGUAAGCCCAUUUACACUUUUAGAAAAAUAUAAUAAAGAUGUAAUUAGAUUAUAUUUUAUUGGUAGUGGAAAUAUAUAUGAAGAUAAAAAUUUUAAAGAUAAAAAUUUAGAAGCAUUUGAAUUAUUUCUUAGAAAUUCUGUUGGGAAUUUAUUAUAUAGAAUUGUUUCAUUAUGUAUAGAAAAUAAUUAUAAGAUUAUAAAAAAAAAUGAUUUAUUUAAGUUUACUAUUUUAAAUGAGUUUAAAAAUUGUAAAACAAAUUUAAUCAAAUUAUUUGAAAAUAUGGAAUAUCCAUUAUUAUUAGAAAAAUUAAUGAUACUUGUAAAAAAAAUAAAUAAAUAUUUUGUUCAUAAUGAACCAUGGAAUAAGUUAUAUGAUUCCAUAAAUUUUAAUUUAAUUAUUUACGAAACAUUUGAAUGUAUUAAAUUUUUUUCUAUCUUUAUCUAUCCAUUUAUUCCAAAUGUUAGUCUAGCUAUUUUGAAAAAUAUUGGAUUUGAAGAGAUUGAUCAUGACUCUGUUUCUAUAGACAUGCUAAAUGAGGAAACGGAUAAAUUUGUCUUAAAAAAUCUGGUAAAAAUUGUUUGA